GGGAAAUGCUCAUACCGCGGAGAGGCGGCGUAGUGCGGCAGUUUCAGGUUAUGGGCGCGGAUGCGGGGAAAAUGGGAAAGGUUCUUUCUGGAAAAUGUAAUGACAUGUCCAUCUGUGACAGCAUCCCAAGAGUCAGCCUGGUUUCUGGAAAUCUGUUCUGACUCCAUGGCAGCUAGGAUGGAUGUAACUUUGCCUGUGGUUAGAAAACAAAGGGUUUACUGAGUUUCCUGAGUGCCCUGUACACCUUUGGGUCCCAACACCUUGCUGGACAGCAGGGCUCUCCUUGGGGCCCACAGGACCUCAGACACGUCUACAGAAGGCCCUGUCAGCAACUGCAGCUGAGGGCCGCAGAUCUUUUUCCAAGAACAACAGAAAAUGAUCGAGUACCAGCAGAGACCUGUGUCGUUCAAGGAUGUGGUAGUGGGCUUCACUCAAGAGGAGUGGCACAGGCUGAAUCCUGCUCAGAGGGCCCUAUACCGGGAUGUGAUGCUGGAGACCUACAGCAACCUCGUCUCAGUGGGUUAUGAAGGCACCAAACCAUAUGUGAUCCUCAGGCUGGAGCAGGAAGAAGCACCAUGGAUUUGUGAGGCAUCAUGCUCGGGCUGCCACUGUCGGGAAAAUAUUUGGCGAGGUAACGUCCAGAAGAAAAGACGGCAAGACAUGCUUUUGAGGCAAGGUACAUUCAUCAGCAAGAAAACGUUGCCCAAGGAAAGAAGCCAUGAAUGUAAUAAGUUUGGGAAAAUACCACAUCUGAGCACUGAUCUUUUUCCUUCAGUUCAAAACCCUAAUAACUGGGACUCUUGUGGAAAGAGUGUGAACCAUAAUUCAGACUUGAAUGGUUUUAAGAGAAACUAUUCAAAAAAGCAAGAUGAGUGCUAUGGAUAUGGGAAAUUAUUACAACAUACAAAGCAUGAUAGAAGAUCUAAUGGAGAAAAAUUCUGGGAAUGCAGUCACUGUGAGAAAGCUUUCAGCCAUAACCCAGCACUUAUGUAUAAACCAGCAGUAACCAAUUCUCUUGUGUACAAACGGAAGAGGGUUCCACCUACAGAGAAACCCCAUGUAUGUACUGAGUGUGGGAAAGCCUUCUGCUACAAGUCUGAAUUCAUUAGGCAUCAAAGAAGUCACACUGGGGAGAAGCCAUAUGGAUGCACUGACUGUGGAAAAGCCUUUUCACAUAAGUCAACCCUCAUUAAACACCAGAGAAUACACACUGGGAUAAGACCCUUUGAGUGUUUUUUUUGUGGGAAAGCCUUUACCCAGAAGUCACACCGCAGAGAACAUCAGAGGACACAUACAGGAGAGAGACCCUUUGUGUGCAAUGAAUGUGGGAAGUCAUUUGGUGAGAAGUCAUACCUCAAUGUACAUCGAAAAAUACACACAGGAGAAAGACCCUAUCGUUGCAGAGAAUGUGGAAAAUCCUUCAGUCAAAAGUCAUGCCUCAAUAAACAUUGGAGAACUCAUACCGGAGAAAAACCCUAUGGAUGCAACGAAUGUGGCAAAGCUUUCUACCAGAAGCCAAACCUCAGCAGACAUCAGAAAGUUCAUGCUAGGAAGAAUGCUUAUAGGAAUGAAAACCUAAAAAUUGUAGGAAAGGUUUUUCACCAGUGUGAAUCCUCUGAUGUCGAGCAACAAGCCCAAGUACCGAGCUCCAUAUCGGCCUCCGGUCUCCUCAACUUAGGCCUUUCAUGUCCCCGGGGGUCCGAACUUGCAGAGCUGAACCAGUUCCCCCAGGGGCCCACGAUCUCACCUCAAGGAUCUAACGCUCCCGCCAGGCGUGAUGAAAAGUUCGAGUUCCCGCGAGAAAAAGGACGGGCCGCCGGGCCCUCUGGGAAAUGUGGUCCACAGCGAGCCCCACGGCCGAUUCCUCUCAGCGCCCUCGCUGGGUCCACCCGAAAUGAGUGCUCCUGCAAAUCUCAGAGUUUAGCCAGGUCUCAGAGUUGCAGUUCGCGGUACCUCGGCACGCUUGGGCUCAGCCACCAGAACAGACCGAGCUCACCAGCCUCCCUCACACAGGAAACUCCUGCUCCGUUCUGGCCGGAAGUUGGGUCGGGCCGCGAGGGCUUCUGGGAGGUGUUGUGUAUUGGAACUUCCGUUGGGAGGCGGGCGCGGAGGGCUGGUUCGGCAUUACCGGCACUUGGCCUGGGCCGUAGUGCGUGUCACCUUCACCCAGCCUCCCAGAAACUGCGCGCUAGAUGCGCGCUCGGGCGUUUCCGGCAGAUAUUUCAUGAAGUUGCAGUCAAUUGCUGGCAGGGCUGCAGUCAUCAGAAGGCUAAUGGGGACUGGAGGAUUUACUUCCAAGAUGGCUGCAAAUUGGUGUUGGCUGCUGGCACAAGCCUCUUCCUAAGGCUUGUUGAGUGUCUUCAUGGCAUGGUGGCUGGCUUCCUUCAAAAGAUCAGCAGUAGCUGUGUGACAACGGAGCAUUUGACCCAGAUGAUGGAAGAGACAGCUUGGUGUUCUCCAGAUUCUGCCCUUUUCAAGGAAGAAGAGGAUAUGACCAGUUCUCUUGGAACAGUAACAUUUAAGGAUGUGGCUGUGGACCUCACCCAGGAGGAAUGGCAGCAAAUGAAACCUGCUCAGAGGGACUUGUACCGUGAUGUGAUGCUGGAGAACUAUAGCAACCUAGUCACAGUGGGCUGCCAAGUCACCAAACCAGAUGUGAUCUUCAAGUUGGAGCAGGAAGAGGAGCCAUGGGUGAUAGAAGAAGAAAUGCUUGGGAGGCCCUGUCCAGAAGUUUGGGAAGAUGAUGAACAGAUCAAGGAGCAGCAGGAAACACUUGUGAGGAAAGUCACAUCCAUCUCCAAGAAAACUCUAAUUAAGGAAAAUGUCAUUGAAUGUAAAAAAGUUGCAAAAGUAUUUCCUCUGGGCUCAGACAUUGUUACUUCAAGACAAAACUUCUAUGAAUAUGACUCAUUUGAUAAGGAUUUUGAACAUAAUUUAGACUUACUUAGUUAUGAGAAAGGCUGUAUAAGAGAGAAAAAUUAUGAGUGUAAUAAGUAUGGGAAACCAUUUUACCAUUGCUCAUCCCAUGUUGUAACCCCCUUUAAGUGUAAUCAGUGUGGGCAAGACUUUAAUCAUAAAUUUGACCUCAUCAGACAUGAGAGAAUUCAUGCUGGAGAGAAACUUUAUGAAUGUAAGGAAUGUGGAAAAGCUUUCAGUAGGAAGGAAAAUCUUAUUACACAUCAAAAAAUUCAUACUGGGGAAAAACCAUAUAAGUGUAAUGAAUGUGGAAAAGCUUUCAUUCAAAUGUCAAACCUUAUUAGACACCAGAGAAUUCAUACCGGAGAAAAACCUUAUGCAUGUAAGGAUUGUUGGAAGGCCUUCAGUCAGAAAUCAAAUCUCAUUGAACAUGAGAGAAUUCAUACUGGAGAAAAACCCUAUGAAUGUAAGGAAUGUGGAAAAGCCUUCAGCCAGAAGCAAAAUCUUAUUGAGCAUGAGAAAAUUCAUACUGGCGAGAAACCUUAUGCAUGUAAUGAAUGUGGUAGAGCUUUUUCUCGAAUGUCAUCUGUUAAUCUACAUAUGAGAAGUCACACAGGGGAGAAACCCUAUAAAUGUAAUAAAUGUGGAAAAGCCUUCUCUCAAUGCUCAGUAUUUAUUAUACAUAUGAGAAGUCAUACAGGUGAGAAACCCUAUGUAUGCAGUGAAUGUGGGAAAGCCUUCUCUCAAAGUUCAUCCCUUACUGUACAUAUGAGAAAUCAUACAGCUGAGAAACCCUAUGAAUGUAAUGAAUGUGGAAAAGCCUUCAGCCGGAAAGAAAAUCUCAUUACACAUCAAAAAAUUCAUACUGGAGAGAAACCUUAUGAAUGUAAUGAAUGUGGGAAAGCUUUUAUUCAGAUGUCAAACCUCAUCCGACACCAGAGAAUUCAUACUGGUGAAAAACCCUAUGUGUGUACAGUAUGUGGGAAAGCCUUUAGUCAGAAAUCAAAUCUCACUGAACAUGAGAAAAUUCAUACUGGAGAGAAACCCUAUCAUUGUAAUCAAUGUGGAAAAGCUUUCAGUCAGAGACAAAAUCUCCUUGAACAUGAAAAAAUUCAUACUGGAGAGAAACCAUUUAAAUGUAAUGAAUGUGGUAAAGCCUUCUCUCGAAUCUCAUCCCUUACUCUUCACGUUAGAAGUCAUACAGGGGAGAAACCGUAUGAAUGUAAUAAAUGUGGAAAAGCCUUCUCUCAAUGCUCAUUACUUAUAAUACAUAUGAGAAUUCACACCGGUGAGAAACCUUUUGAAUGUAAUGAAUGUGGGAAAGCAUUCUCUCAAAGAGCAUCCCUUUCUAUACAUAAGAGAGGUCAUACAGGUGAGAAACGCCGAGUAUACUAAUUGAAUAAAGGCCUUCUCUUAAAUUCAAUCCAUGCUUUACUUAACUUUAAAAUAUCUUGGCAUAGUUUCAAAAAAUGAAAAAGAUCUUUAUGAAAAAAUUGUAAAGCUUUAUUGAAGGGCAAAAGACUUGAGUAAAUGGAGGGAAAUACAAUGGAUGUAGAUGGAAAAACCCAAUAUCAUAAAAUGUCUUUUCUCCCCAAAUUAAUCUAUGGACCUAAUAUAGUUCCAAACAUCUAACAAGAAUUUUCUAGGGUCUUUACCAAAUGAUUCUAAAAUCCAUAUGAAAUAAAAGUCUAUGGAUUGCUGAGACAAUAUUGAAUAAGAACAGAGAGGACACACCUUCUACCAUAUACUACAUGUAUUAUGAAGGUAUGGUCAUAUAAUAGUGUGUGGUAUUAGAACAUUAAUGGAUAAAUAAAAAGGAUUUACAGAAUAGAAUGCCUAGAAGUAAAUGAAUGAAUAUAUGCAAACUUGUUGUAUAUUAGACAUGACAUCGUGAAUCAGUAGAAGAAUGACGGCCUAGUCGAUAAAAACAGUUGGAGUAUUUGAAUCUCCACAUUGGGGAAAAUAAAAUUACAUACAACCUUACAACAUAUAAAGAAAAAGAAUUCCAAAGGAUUUGAACACUGAAAUGUGAAAAGCCAAACUCUGAACUUCUUGAAAGGAAAUAACAGGAUAUUGUCUAUGACUUUGAGGCAGGGAAGUAUUUUUUAAAAGGACCCUGCCAUUCCACUUCUGGAUAUACAUCCUAAAGAAAUUCAUAAAUAUGAAUAAGAAAUACAUAUAUAUAUAUAUAUAUAUGAAUUGAAAACAACAUAUAUAUUGAAGGGAUAAUGGAUGAAUAAAAUGUGAUAUAUUCAAAUAAUGGAGUGGUAUAUAGCAGUUAAAAGCAACGAGCUUGGUCUGUAUUGUGUAACAUGGUUGUUAUCUAAAAUAAUGUUGAGUGAAAAAAAAAUCAAGAUCCAGACGAAACAUACCAUAUAAUAACAUUCAUGUAAAUUGGAGUAAAAUCAUUCACAAAGAAUAGAAUUGUUUUUAUUAUUGAAAUAUGUAUGUAAAACUAUUUUAAAUGGAUUAAAAAGGACACAUACCAAAUUAUCAAUAGUGUUGUCUCUGGCAGGAGAUUAGGAUUGAGGGUGUUGGUCAAAGGGGGCUUUUAGCUUUACUUGUAAUUUUUAUGCCUUAAAAAAAGAUGGGUAGCAUAUAAAAUAAAUCUUAAAAGUUAAUGAUAUAUAAUGGUGAUAUGGAUGUCUUAUCUUAAUAGUGUUUUUGUACUUAUUUCUCAGGAUUUAUUGG